AUAACCUUAUACAAGAUAGAUAUCUACUUGAUAACACUCCAACUGAAAGAGUUAGAUGUUGGAUUAACACUUUCAAGCACGGCUUCAUUUUUGCACUGUGACAUAUUUUGAGGAAAACUGCACAAUGCCACCCAAACGUAAGCAAACACGAACACCAAAUGCGGCCGGACAUUCUUCCCCAAAGCGGUCAAAAACAUCUCCCAGUUUGAUUUCAAAAGACGGAUCUGGUCGCCGAAAUACAAGCUCAGCAGCUACCAAAUUACCAUCUUGUACAGGAAAGUCAAAGAACAAGAAAAGGUCGAACUAUUUAAAUUGGGAGGAGUAUUUUAUGGGUAUAGCCCUGAUAACUGCGCAAAGGAGCAAAGACCCAAAUAGACAGGUGGGUUCGUGCAUAGUAAAUGCCGAAAAGCGAAUUAUCGGCACUGGGUAUAACGGUAUGCCAAAUGGAUGCAGCGAUGACGUUUUGCCAUGGGGAAAGAAUUCUCCAGAAAAAUUAAAAAAUAAGGAUUAUUAUGUUUGCCAUUCCGAAAUGAAUGCAAUCGUAAACAAAAUGUCUUCAGAUGUCCGUGGCUCUACUAUCUAUGUGACAUAUUUUCCGUGUAAUGAGUGUGCCAAACUCUUGAUACAGGCAGGAAUAAAGCAAGUGGUAUACUAUGAAGACAACUAUAAAGAAGUGUCAGAAGCUUCAAGAAAAAUGUUAAAAAUGGCGCGCGUCAAAACCAAGAAAUAUAAACCCACGGGUCGAACUCUGAAGAUCGGAGGUAUUGUUGGAAAAUUUAAAUUAUAAAACGUCACAAAACAGAACCCAUUUCUUCUAAGAACGUUGUGCAUCUAAUAGAAGCGAUAAUUUAUUUCCGCCUUCUCAGGUGCAAAUCUGGAAAUAUCCUGGCACGUUUUUGCAGAUAGAAGAAAUGUAUAUUUACUUACUUAUAUGUACAGACUGGUUCCUUUUAAGAGAUACAUUUAAGAAUGACUUUCAUUUACUUAUUGAUAAAAGAACAUUUGUUUUGAAUUAAUAUGGUAUAUCAAGUACAUUUAUGCAUACGCGACGAUGAAUUUAUCAGUAAUUCAACUAAGAAAGAACGCAUUAUUUCUUAAUUUUCCCCAAAAGGUUUGUAAGAUUGUUCUGACAUUUGGUUAACAGUAAGAGUGAAACAAGGCUUUAUUAAAAGUUUACUAUUAUUCUCAUGUUUACAACAUAACAUUUCUAAAUUGUCAAAGUUAAUGUUAUGAAAUACUAUGAAAAUGAUUACUUACAAUAAAAUGAAAAUGUAUA